AUGUAUCCUAUGCGUGUUUUUGCAACAAAUGGUCAAGAAGCAAUUGACAUAAUAAAAUCAGAAUCUGAAUUAUCAACUAUAAUAAAGCCUUGCAGAAUUUCUUUAAUUUUAACAGAAUGUAAUUUACCAACAAUAUCAGGCUUUGACUUUUCACAAACAGUUAGAUUAAUGGAACCGCCAAUUUCAGAUAUACCGAUUAUCGCAUUAACAUCUUUACCCUUAGAAGAAAUAGGUGAUAAAUAUAUUAAGUCAGGAAUGAAUGAUUAUCUAUCAAAACCUUUAAAAACUAAUCAACUUGAAAAUGUUUUAACAAAAUGGAUUAGCAAUAAUAGUAUUAUAAAUAAUUAA